AUGCUGCGGGAGGUGUUGCUUCUGUGGUGUUCUGCAGCGCGGUGGUCUCUGCAAGCACCAACAGCUCGUCAAGCAAGCAAUGAUGAAUUACCGUCGUUAAAGUUCAACGCCAAUGGGACCUUUCAGAUCUCCGUCUUCUCGGAUAUGCAUUUUGGGCAAUACGAGUCCAGCACUGGCCCAGAACAAGAUCGCAACACGGUUCGUGUUAUCGGAGAUGUACUGGACUUUGAUCCCCCGGAGCUUGUGGUGCUGAAUGGCGACUUAAUCAACGGCGACACCACUUGGGAACACAACAGCACACACUACAUUGACCAAAUUGUCGCCCCGAUAAUACAAAGAAACCUGACCUGGGCAUCCACAUAUGGCAAUCACGACCACAGUUACUACAUGGAUGGAGAUGACAUUUUGAAGCGGGAACAGAUGUGGACCGGCGCCCGAACUCAGAAAAUGGUGGAUACAGAAACCAGCGGAACCACAAACUAUUACUUGCUGGUGUAUUCGGCAGACUGUAGUGACGACAGCUGCUCUCCUACACUCGUCCUCUAUUUCUUUGAUUCUCGUGGGGGGUUUUACCGCGAGGGUGUCGCCCAAGAAAACUGGGUUGACACCAGCGUCGUGACUUGGUUCAACGAAACCAAGGCGUCAUUGUUCAAGAAAUACGACAAGAUGAUUCCUUCGCUGGCAUUCGUUCACGUCCCUAUCAAUGCCACCUGGGCGAUACAAACAGAGGCCGGGCCGAAGCCUCACUACCAACCCGGUAUCAAUGACGAGCCUGCUGUUGCUCAACAAGGAGAAGGAUGGUGUAGCAACAACAGUCUAUACGAGACUUGUAACUACGGCGGUCAAGAUGUCCCAUUUAUGGAGGCUUUGGUCAGCACGACAGGCCUGAUGGGACUUUUCUAUGGGCACGACCACGGCCAGAGCUGGUGCUAUAAGUGGGAUUCAUUACUGCCCGGAAUGACUGUUGCUGGGAACGGAAUCAACCUUUGUUAUGGACAGCAUUCAGGAUACGGCGGGUACGGCGAUUGGAUCCGAGGCGCUCGCCAAAUCGUUGUGACGGAAUCCAAACUCAAGGACCUCGCCUUUGACACUCACAUUCGUCUUGAAUCCGGCGAAGUAGUGGGUGCUGUGUCGCUAAACUCAACCUUUAACACCGAUUACUAUCCGGCCACGCCGAACCAGUUGACUUAUAUGGAUAAGGUCUCGGGCGGCAAUGUUGACGUGUUUCUGUCUGAGUCUUCGGCGCCAGGAUUGCAUAGUAAGAUUGGGCGUGGCAUGCCAGCAGCGCUUAGCUACCUUGCAAUCUGGAUGAUUGUGGUAUGGAUACUUUUUUGA